AUGGCAUCAGUUGAACAUUCUAUUGAAUGGAAAGCAAUCGAUGUUUCUGGUCGAUUGGGAUCAUUUUAUGAUCAAUCAUCUGAUGCUUUCGUUGGUUAUUGUUCUCUUCAAAACUUAGAAAAUUCAAAAGAUUCUAUAAACUCGGCAUGUCAAAUAUUGCGAUGUACACAUAUAAACAACGCCAUAGAUGUUCUGAAAGCAAUAAAAUUUCAUGACACACUAUUGCAAAGUAUUCUUUUUGGUUUGGUUAAACCAUCAGGAAUUAGUUCUGUUAUUAAUUAUAAUGGACCAAUUGAUGAAUACACACUUUUUCUAUAUUAUACAUAUGAACAUAGACAAGAGAAACUAGGUGCUAUUACAGAUAGAAAAGCACACAGAACCAUUUCACCUCCAUCUGAUUUAAACAAUGCAACUCAUAUGGUUACUGAAAUAACAUGGGGUUUCGAAAUCUUAUGCAUUAUACAAGUUUUGAGGACUGAAUCUGUUGAUCAAAUCGAAAAUUUACUCUAUAAAAUAUGGAAUCAACCUUUCAAUCUCGACAAACGAUCUGAACUCAUCAAUAAUGAAAAACAUGAAAUCAAUAAACUAUCUAAUGUGGCUAUAUUUGGUUCUGAAACAUGUACCAAGAAUUCGAAUACAUUAUCGCUCUUAACUGUUCUCGAGCAAUUAAAAAAAUGGCAGGACAAUAAGAGUUUUCAUGUUCCGAUUCUUUAUAGAAUGCAUUCACUAGAAGAUCUCUUUAAAAACCAAUCAUUAUCCAAACCAUAUUUUCUGUCAAAUGAUGAUAGCUCUAAAAUUGAACAAAUUGGAAUUAUGAUGAUUCAGUUAGAUAAUCGAUUGAAGAAACUUCAACAACUAUUCAAAAAUCGUUUCAACGACUGUGAUAAUCUUAUAUACGAUCUAUGGCCACACGAUAUACCAGAUCGACUUGGUAUCUUGCUCAGCCAAUAUGACGAAUAUCGGACAAAACUUGGAAAUAUACUAGUUGAUGUUCGUCGAGGUAAAGCACAUCCUUUACCACCAAUUCCACAAGACAAAACACCAUUAACAUCUUCACCUCAAGCAGAAACAAAACCAUCACGAGUAACUGAAUUCAAUGUGUUACUUAUGGGUGAAACAGGAGUUGGUAAAUCAAGUUUUAUCAAUGCUUUUGUUAAUUACUUAGUAUUCGAUACUCUUGAACAAGCUGAAAAAAAUGAAUCAAUUGUACUAAUUCCAGUCUCAUUUCUUGUUACAACUGGUGAUCAAUUUAAUGAAUUCAUGGUUAAAUUUGGUGAUGUUGAUUCCAAUGAAAAUCAUGAACAUCAAGGUCAAUCAGUAACACAACAAUGUAAAUCAUAUGUAUUUGACUUAAAUGAGACAACACGUUUACGUUUAAUUGAUACACCAGGUAUGGGUGAUACACGUGGUCUUGUUCAAGAUGAGAAGAAUCUUGAUCAUAUAUUAACAUAUGUUAAUAAUUUAUCACAUUUAAAUGCUAUUUGUUUAUUAUUCAAACCAAAUAAUUCUCAAUUGAAUAUAUUUUUUCGUACGUGUGUUAAACGAGUGUUAACUUAUUUAACACCAAUUUUUUAUAAGAAUGUUAUUUUCUGUUUUACGAAUGCUCGAUCAACAUUUUUUGCACCUGGUAAUACUGGUCUAUUACUUCGACAAAUGAUGGAAAAAGAAUAUCAGAAUGAGAUUCCAUUUCAAAAUAAAAACACAUUUUGUUUUGAUAGUGAAUCAUUUCGAUAUUUAGCAGCUAGAAAAUGUCAUGUUAAUUUUGACGAAUUUGUAAUACAAGAAUCUAUCAGCAGCAGGCUUGCCGAUUAG